AUGAGCGGGAAUGUUAAGGUCGGCAUGCCAUUACGGAUCAGUGAUGACAGGGAAAGGCUAACUCGCCAGCACAUCGAAAACACGCUGAGCCACUCGCGCGCCAUACAGGCGGAGGUGGUCAAGUACCGUGACAGGGCAUCUGGCAAGCUGGUGGAAUCACGCAUCCCCUCUGCUGUGCUGGCGCUGCUCCGACUUCGGGCAUCCUGCAGCGGGAAGCCGCUGACGGACCUGCGCCUUGCCCGAAAAGCGGCAGAUGUGAUGGAGGAGCAUGCCUUCGACCCGGUGCGCGCAGUUGCUGCCCUCUCACCCUCCUCGAUCCUUUGCCCCACCGGGGCCCUGCGGGUGCUUGGUAGCGGCUUCAUUGGCACGGUAUUCCUGGAGGAGGAGACAGGCGAAGUGGCCAAAGUGAUGCUCGACGACUUUGCCAAGAAAGAGUAUGAUCUCUGCCGAGCCUUUGCAAACGCGAGCCUGGCACCAUCGCCUAUCUCGCUGGAUG